UACGUUUUUUCACUAAGCAGCGCAUUCUGUCGGCUAGUCACUAAAAAUAAUAACAUUAGUACGUGUUGUUUAAAGCAUAUAUACAUGAGAUUUCUAUAGUAUUGGUAUUAUUAAUUGUUUCAUUAUUAAUUAAACCACUUCUAUGUUCCAUUUCCACAGGGGCACCUUGCCCUUUUAUUAUGAGAUUGUUGCUUCUAUCUACAGAAAUUAAAUAGCUUUUGACAGCUUUGUACUUAUACAUCGUAGGUCAUUUAAAUGAUUUGUUGUAGAAAUUAGUCAGAGCAGAGAGCAACUAGUUUUCAGACUCAAAUCUGCGUUCUAAUUUAAAUAUGCGUGGAAGAUGACCCCCAGAGAAAAAUCACCAUUAAGGUUUAGUGAUGGAUUUGAGAUGUAAUGGUCGACAGGGCUAUACGUUUAAUGUUUACUUAAGUAGGUAGAGUCCCAGACAACCAGCUUCCAGGAUAACUGGGACCUGCAGUCCUCUCUACGACAUCUUGUAGCUCAUGGAGGGAUAUUUAUUUAUUAAUAUUUAGAUAUUUAUCUGUAGUUUGUGAUGAACUGUGAUGCUGGUGCUGUUGUUUUGUUUGUAAAGAUUAAAAGAGGUCUGUCACUUUUCACUGUUACCCAACCCAACUGAUAAUUAUCAUCAUGACUUCAUAGUGGUCAUAGGGAAAAUACGUCCAUUGAGAAUAAAACUGACUAUAAAAAUAUGCCCACACAGAAGAACAGCAACCUGGAACCAGACAGGUGAAAAAGGCAGUAGAACCGGACGCCUCCCUGCUGGUUGAUGGAAAACUUUACAUUGAACAGCUUCCUGCUGCAGCUGGAGGACUUGAACCUGUCAGAGGACGCUCUGUACCCCGUCUUCCUCUGUUUCCUCCUGUUCUACUUGUUUAUAAUCAUUGUGAAUGUGGGCAUCAUUCUCCUCAUUUUCACUGACAGGAAGCUUCACCAGCCCAUGUACCUUCUUUUCUGUAACCUUUCUGUAAAUGACAUUGUUGGCAACUCCAUCCUGGUCCCUCGUCUGCUCAUAGAUAUGCUGCGUCCUUCUUCUAAACGUGUCAUCAGUUAUUACGAGUGUGUGGUCCAGGCCUUCACCGUUCACACAUUUGCUGCAACAACUCACACCGUGCUCAUGACCAUGGCCUUUGACAGGUACGUGGCCAUCUGUAACCCCCUGCGCUACAGCGUCAUCAUGACCAACAGAAUGGUGGUCAAGCUGACAGUGUCUGCCUGGGGGGUGGCCUUUGUGUUGGUGGGGAUUCUGCUGGGUCUGACAGUGAGGCUGAACAGAUGCAGGACUCUGAUCAUGAAUCCUUACUGCGACAACGCCUCUCUCUUCAAACUGUCCUGUGAGAGCGUCUUCAUCAACAACGUCUACGGCCUGACCUUCACCGUGGUCUUGUUCACAGCCUCCAUCGGCAGCAUGGUUCUCACCUACGCUAAGAUCAUUGUGGUGUGUCUGACCAGUAGAAACAAGUCUCUGAACAGUAAAGCUCUGAAGACCUGCAGCACUCAUUUGGUCCUGUAUCUGAUGAUGCUGAUCAGUGGCUUCAUCGUCAUCAUCCUCCACCGUUUCCCUCAGUUCUCCUUCUACAGGAAACUCAGUGCCAUUCUGUUCCACAUCAUCCCUGGAAGCCUUAACCCUGUUAUUUAUGGAGUGCAGUCUGCAGAAAUCUGUAGAUCCAUGUCCAGACUCUUUCAAUUCAAAACAGUUAACGCUUUCAAAUGGUACGUGGCCAUCUGUAACCCCCUGCGCUACAGCGUCAUCAUGACCAACAGAAUGGUGGUCAAGCUGACAGUGUCUGCCUGGGGGGUGGCCUUUGUGUUGGUGGGGAUUCUGCUGGGUCUGACAGUGAGGCUGAACAGAUGCAGGACUCUGAUCAUGAAUCCUUACUGCGACAACGCCUCUCUCUUCAAACUGUCCUGUGAGAGCGUCUUCAUCAACAACGUCUACGGCCUGACCUUCACCGUGGUCUUGUUCACAGCCUCCAUCGGCAGCAUGGUUCUCACCUACGCUAAGAUCAUUGUGGUGUGUCUGACCAGUAGAAACAAGUCUCUGAACAGUAAAGCUCUGAAGACCUGCAGCACUCAUUUGGUCCUGUAUCUGAUGAUGCUGAUCAGUGGCUUCAUCGUCAUCAUCCUCCACCGUUUCCCUCAGUUCUCCUUCUACAGGAAACUCAGUGCCAUUCUGUUCCACAUCAUCCCUGGAAGCCUUAACCCUGUUAUUUAUGGAGUGCAAUUAAACUUUGAUUUGUUUGUAAUGAUUACAGCAACCCAGAUGGAAAACCUCACCCACAACAGCCUUGUACUGCAGCUUGAGGGGUUAAAGGUCACCAAGACUUCCAAGUACCCCAUCUUCGUCCUCCUCCUUCUCACGUACGUUUUCAUCUUUGUUGCCAACCUGGGCAUCCUGGCCUUGAUCUGGAUGGACAGGAGCCUGCACCAGCCCAUGUACCUGCUCUUCUGUAACCUGUCGGUCAACGACGUGAUGGCAAAUUCAUUGCUUGUUCCUCGAGUGCUCGCUGACAUCCUGGUGCCACCGUCUGAACGCUUUAUUCACUAUUAUCACUGUUUGAUGCAAGCGUUCACUGCGCACUUGUCGGGCACUAACGCUCACACCGUGCUCAUGAUCAUGGCCUUCGACAGAUACGUAGCCAUCUGUAACCCUCUACGCUACGCCAACGUCAUGACGGACAAGAUGGUGAUUAAACUGACGCUGUCGGCGUGGGGCGUGGCCUUUGUCCUGGUGGUGGUUCUGCUCAGCCUGACGGCUCGACUCAAUCGUUGUCGGACUCUGAUCACCAACACUUACUGUGACAACGCCUCUCUGUACAAACUCUCCUGUGAAAACGCGUUAAUCAACAACAUUUACGGCCUGACGUUCACCGUGCUGCUGCUCUCGUCAUCCAUUGGUUGUAUCGUCCUCACCUACUGGAGGAUCAUGGUGGCGUGUUUGAACAGCAAGAGCAGGUCUUUGAACGGAAAAGCCCUGAAGACCUGCAGCACACACCUGUGUGUGUACCUGAUGAUGCUGGUCAGUGGGAUGGUCCUCAUCGCCAUGCAUCGGUUCCCUCAGUACGCAGAGUACAGAAAGAUCUCUGCCCUUCUCUUCAACAUUGUCCCUGGCAGUUUGAAUCCCGUCAUCUAUGGCCUGCAGUCGCAGGAAAUACACAAAUGUUUGUCCAAUUUGUUUCAGCGCAAAAAAAUUCAGCCACGGUGCUAACCUGUGUGUUUUCAUUUGUAACUGACGACCGGUUGAUGUGGUUUUUAAUUUUUUCUACCUGAUGAUUUUAAGUUCCUGGUUUCAUCCAAAUGUAUCUCAACUGAU